UGCUUGCGCGCAAAUCCCCAAAUGGAAUUCCUCAUCACUGACCCUCCUCCACCUCCUCUCCACCCCAUCCAGAACCCACCGCCAUUGAUGGACCUCGUCGCCGCUCUCAACCACGCCACCCGAUCCGCCGAGCUCCUUUCCUCAUCCAACCCUUCCCAAACCUCCACCGCCAUCGCCUCCCUCCGCACCGCCCACCGUAUGCUCGGAUCCCUCCUCUCCCAUCUCCCUCCUCCUCCUCCUCCUCCUCCGCCCAUCGACGAUGAUCAGCCGAUGGCCGAUAUCGUUGAGGAAGAGGACGGUUGUGAGAGAUUGAAGAUCAUCGACGAAGUAGAAGAGGGGAUGCGUGAGUGUGUUCUCCAGAGCAAGAGACGAAGAAAGCGGCACGUCUCACCGUCGUGCCCUGCCGGACGUGAAGCUGAUGAUCUGGAAGAGGAGAUCCUGGCCGUUGAUCUUGAGGAACGAAGGAGAUCCGCCAUGGAUCUCGUCUUCCAGUUCCACGCCUGAGCUUGAGGCUUCCCAGCAUCAAUCUGAGCAAGAAAUCAACAAGUCAAGCUCUUCAUGAAU